AUGCCAGCAACGCGAGGUCGCCGGACAGCUGCAGCCGCAGCCGUACCAGCAAAUCCCCUCCAGGCCUAUCGCCUCGCCUUCUCUGGCAAGUUCCCCGGAUACUCCCACAAAGACCUCAACGCCCUAUUCACUUCCCUUGGCGCAUCCGUGACUCCCUCGGUGAACGGCCGCAACACCCAUCUCGUCUGCGACGAAAAAGACUUCCUCAAGAAGGCUCCUAAAGUCAGAGAUGCCGAAGCUGCUGGUGUUUCGUUGGUCAAGCCUGAGUGGGUGGCUGAAGUGGCCAAGCUAAAAACAAACAUGGACCCAAGCAACUAUCUCUGGCCAGGAGAGCAAAACCAUCAAGGGGGUGAUGAAACUCCGGAUGAUGGCAGUGCGGAUGGAAGUAGAAAGAAGCGCCCAAUUGCCGUGGCCAACUCCAAUGGCAGUGACCGAGAUCCGGGAGCAGAUGAUGGGCCCGCCGCCAAAAAGCUUCGAGGCAAGGCUGCUAAAGUAAAGGAUGAAGCAAAAGAGGAAGGAGAAGAAGCAGAAAACAAUGGAAUUUCAGUCAAGGAGGAAACCAUUGAGACGAAACUCAAGGAGCUAUCCAAAGGUCAAUUUUUGAAGAAGAAGGACGUUGUUAUUCCCGUCGAUGAGCGUUGUCCCCUUCAGACCUAUGCAAUCUUAUUUCAAGGCUCGACCUACAAAACUUGGACCCGAUGGGGCCGCGUUGGCGAGAUGGGACAGAAUGCCAUUCUCGGGGACGGCUCCCUCGAUGACGCCAAAAAGCACUUUGAGAAAAAGUUUAGAGAUAAGUCUGGUCUUGCAUGGAAGGAUCGCACCAAGGAUCCCAAACCCAACAAGUACGCCUUCGUGGAGCGAAGCUAUGAUGAUGACUCUGACGACGGCAAGCAAGACACAGCUCCCGGUGCCAAGAAGGAAGAAGGUGAACAAGAAUACAAACCUCCAGAAUGCACACUUCCCCCACAAGUCCGUGAGGUCAUGGAGCUUAUCUUCAACCAAAACUUCUUCAACGCAACCAUGUCCUCUCUUAACUAUGACGCCAACAAGCUGCCUCUCGGGAAGCUCAGCAAAGCCACCAUUUUGCGAGGCUUCCAGCAACUCAAGGACCUUGCUUCUCUGAUGGAUGAUCCCACCCUGGCCACAUCACAAUGGAACAUGACUGUCGCAGAGGCAACAGAACACCUCUCUAAUACAUACUACUCUCUCAUCCCGCACGCCUUUGGUCGCAAUCGUCCGCCGAUCAUCAACAAUGAAGCUCUCCUUAAGAAGGAAAUUGAGCUCCUAGAAAGUCUGUCCGACAUGAAGGACGCGUCCAACAUCAUGAAGAUUGAUCGCUCAAAGGCUCGGACAGUCCAUCCCAUGGACAGCCACUUUCGAGGGCUGGGCAUGGACGAAAUGACACCCUUGGACCACUCGUCGUCCGAGUUCGACUACCUUCAACGAUACCUCAACGGAUCCAAGGGCUCAACCCAUGGAAUCAACUAUAAGGUCCAUAAUAUUUUCCGUAUCCGGCGUGCUGGCGAGUACGAACGCUUCAACAACUCAGUCUUCACCAAAAUUCCUUCCGACAGGCGUCUUCUCUGGCACGGUUCACGAUGCACCAAUUUCGGCGGUAUUCUGAGUCAGGGACUUCGAAUCGCACCUCCGGAGGCUCCUGUAUCGGGAUACAUGUUUGGAAAGGGUAUAUACCUAGCAGACAUGUCAACCAAGUCUGCCAACUACUGCUGCUCCUAUAUUUCCAAUAGUCACGCACUUCUGCUCCUCUGCGAGGCUGAACUAGGCGACCCGCUUCAGAAACUGACUGAUGCAUCGUACAGCGCCGGUGAGGAUGCCAAGAAGGGUGGCAUGUACAGUACUUGGGGAAUGGGCAGUACCGGUCCCAGUAGUUGGAUGGACGCGGGAGCGGUCCACCACUCCCUGAAGGGUAUUAAAAUGCCCGACACAAAAGUAGCCCCCGGCUCAACUAACGUCGAUGGCGCAUAUCUCGCCUACAAUGAAUACAUCUACUACGACGUGGCCCAAGUCAAGCUCCGCUACUUGUUCCACGUGGAGAUGUGA